UCGGAAUCCAAGAUAACAUGGCCGACGUUGCCAUCCGCCACGGCGAGGUCGGCGAGCACCACUCGGCACAGAUCUGGGCACCUGCGAUCCUCUUCAAGCGAGCGCGGCUCACACCGGGCACGUAUGUGCGCGUCGCGUGCCCGACCACUGGUGCGAUGGCCUAUCGCCAAGCGCGCCUCCUGCCGGCUCCGGCCGCCGACGCACCGGUGAGCGAGGCCUGGGUAGGCGCUUUCGAUCAUGUACACGGCUCCAUCGCGCGUGUCCAAGCACUGCCAUCACAUCGACUGCCAACGAUUGCGCACGUGCACCUCGAGUGGCAGCCGUCGGCCGUGACAUUGCCGCCACCGCCUGUCGGCCUCAUGAUGGACGCGCUUCUGGAAGACGGCAUGGUAUGGCGCUGUCGGUGGUUUGGCACCGACUAUGGCCAUUGGCGCUGCCGCAUCUUUCCGUGUACCCCGACGCCACUUGGUUCUGGCGCCUCGGCGGUGCUUGGGGUCGUUGGCAAGACGACGCAGGUGACGUUCUCGGGGCACCCGUCGUCAACCGGAUUUUGCCUCGUGGACUUGACCGGCCAGUGCGGCGUGCCCAGCGAAGCACUCGCCAAUCUGUCCGAGCUCUUGCUGCCGCAGCUGCAGUCCUCGACAUCGUCGCCGAGCCACGCCCUGCUCGCGGGGCCGCUUGGCAGCGGCAAAUUGCACACGGCGCGGCAGCUCGCCAAGGACGCGAAUGCGCGAUUUCUCCUCCUCGAUGCGCAAGUGACGGCGGCCACCGACGUUGCGAGCGUGCUCAGCGAUUGCUUUCAUGCGCUGCUCGCCAUGGCGCCAGCGAUCCUCUGCAUUCCCCACAUUGAGCGCAUCUUUCCCAAGUCUCUUGGAGCGACGGGCGGCGGUAGCGAGCGCCGCAUCAUCGACCUUUGCUCGCGCCUCGUCACGCUAGGUCAGUACCCCGACCGCGUCGCCGUCAUUGGCACCUCGGUCGACCCGACGACUCUCCAUCCCAAGGUCCGCGCGUGCUUUACAGAUGAGCUUUCGAUGCCAGUGACGACGCUGCCGUUCCGUCGCCAGCUCCUCGCCCACUUUGUCGCGCAGAAGAGCGACGUCGCUGUGGUCGGCGAUACCGAUUCGCAGCUCAUUCAGUGCGGGCAGCAACCCAGCGACAUACUCGCCGUCGCCAACUCGUUCGACCUAGCGUCGCAGCUCGCGCGUCUCCAGCUCAGCGCUACGAAGUCGCUCGUCUCGGUGCCCAAGGUGGCGUGGAGUGACAUUGGCGGUGCCGACCAUAUCAAGCAGCAGCUCCAAGAAAUGGUCGUGUGGCCCUUCGAGAAGCCGCACGUGUUUCGACGCAUGGGCAUCUCGCCGCCGAUCGGUCUCAUCUUGUACGGCCCACCCGGGACGGGCAAGACGAUGCUCGCCAAGGCCGCAGCGACGGCCACGUCCUGCAACUUUCUCAAUGUGACGGCCAGCGACCUCCUCUCGAGCGAGUUUGGCGCGAGCGAGCGCGCCUUGGCGGACGUUUUUCGAACGGCAAAGGCCAUGAGUCCCUGCAUUGUCUUUCUCGACGAGUUUCAGUCCAUCUUUGCCAAUCGGUCCGGCGCCGGGCAGAUUGGCGCGAGCAUGGCGUCGCAGCUGCUGCAGGAAAUGGACGCGCUCAAAGCUCUCAGUGACGAGUCGCCCGACACGCAUCUGCAGUACGUCUUUGUCUUAGCCGCGACCAACGCUUUGGACGCGAUCGACGAUGCCUUCUUGCAGCCCGGUCGGUUUGAAAACAUCUUGUACGUGGGGUACCCCGACGACGACGGCCGGCGCCAGAUCCUGACACUGCUGCAAAUCAGCAUGACAUGGGCCGACGACGUGGCCUUGGAGGGGCUCGUGGACUCGACGAAGGGUCUCAGCGCCGCCGAAAUCGUCUCGGUCGUGCGCACAGCCGGCCUCCUCUCGCUCAUGCGCCAAGGCUCCGAGCAGGUGCAUCAAGAGGCCUUUGACGACGCACUGCUCCAAGUGUGGCAACGCCAUAUCCCUCUCGCGACCUAAUGACUGUCCUUGUCAUCUCUAUUUGAACCGACAGGAUCGCUUGUUCGCAGCGUGUUGGGCUGUCACCGCUACAAUGGCAGCUAGCAACAAUGCUCGUAUCCACGCGGUUGCGCUGCGCUACACAGGGUCCUUGGGUGAUUCGACUUGCGGCAUUACGCGAGUCUUGUGGUCAGAAAACACGGCGACGAUUUCCCCACAAGCCCUGUAUGGUACAUUGCUCUACGCCCGCGUACGCCAACGUGACGCGCUCGCCUCAGAACAUGAUGCAUCACACUC